CGCACCGCACUUUGUCAAUCUCACGAGGCCUCCAUCCACUUCCACUCCCAUUUCCAUUUAUAUAAGGAGGAAGGUUUCCCACCGGCCAGCGCCACCCUUCCUUUUCUGGAGUCUCCUCCCUUUCUCCUGCUCUCAUCCGCGAGAAAUAGGAACAAAAUUAAGUAGGAAUAAACAUGCCACUCAAUUUAACGGGAGGCGCGGUUCGUGUCGUCUUCUUCUGUGUGGUCUUGGUGUUGCUUUUCGCCGUUGUUAAGGCCGAGGAUCCGUACAGGUUCUUCACCUGGAAUGUUACGUACGGCGACAUUUAUCCUCUCGGCGUUCGCCAACAGGGAAUACUGAUCAAUGGACAAUUUCCCGGUCCUGAUAUCUACUCCGUUACAAACGACAAUCUCAUCAUAAACGUUUACAACAGUUUGCCGGAGCCAUUUCUUCUCUCCUGGAAUGGAAUUCAACAAAGGAGGAAUUCAUGGCAAGAUGGGGUUUAUGGAACUAACUGUCCAAUCCCUCCAGGAAAGAACUUCACCUACGUUCUCCAGGUGAAGGACCAAAUCGGAAGCUUCUUCUACUUCCCUUCUCUUGCUUUCCACAAGGCCGCUGGUGGGUUCGGCGGGAUCAGGAUCCUCAGUCGUCCCAGAAUCCCUGUCCCCUUCCCAGAUCCCGCCGGUGAUUUUACUGUUCUCAUUGGAGAUUGGUACAAUGCCAGUCACACGGCAUUGAAGGCCAAACUGGAUCGUGGUAAAAGAUUACACUUUCCUGAUGGGAUUCUGAUCAAUGGGCGCGGGCCAAAUGGGGCUUCCUUCACCGUGGAGCAAGGGAAAACUUAUAGGUUUCGAAUAUCAAAUGUGGGGCUGCAAAAUUCACUCAACUUCCGCAUCCAGGGCCACAAGAUGAAGUUGGUCGAAGUUGAGGGAACACACACUUUACAGACUGUGUUCUCAUCCCUCGAUGUUCAUGUGGGCCAGUCCUACUCAGUUCUCGUUACAGCCGAUCAGCCCGCUCAAGACUAUUACAUUGCCGUGUCAACCCGUUUCACUUCCGUCGUCCUCACUACCACAGCCAUUCUACACUACAGCAAUUCCGUCGGUCGUGUUUCAGGCUCACCCCCAGCUGGACCUACCUUCCAGAUCGAUUGGUCUUUGAAUCAGGCUCUCUCCAUAAGGACUAACCUUACGGCAAGUGGACCAAGGCCAAACCCACAAGGCUCAUACCAUUAUGGGCUCAUCAACAUAACACGGACUAUUAGACUUGCCAACUCUGCAGGUCUCAUCAAUGGCAAGCAGAGGUAUGCGGUCAACGGUGUUUCUUUCGUCCCAGCUGACACGCCACUAAAGCUCGCUGACUACUUCAAAAUUGGAGGUGUUUUUCGCCUUGGAAGCAUCUCCGACAAUCCCACUGGAGGACAGAGGUAUCUUGACACAUCAGUCAUGCCUGCAGAUUUUAGAGCUUUCGUCGAAAUUGUCUUCGAGAACCAUGAAAGCAUUGUUCAAAGCUGGCACCUUGACGGCUACUCUUUCUUCGUAGUGGGAAUGGAUGGAGGAAAGUGGACACCAACUAGUAGGAAACAGUACAAUCUUAGAGAUGCAAUUGUACGCUGCACCACUCAGGUGUAUCCCAAAUCAUGGACAGCUAUAUACGUUGCAUUGGAUAAUGUGGGAAUGUGGAACUUGAGAACCGAGUUUUGGGCACGCCAGUACCUUGGACAACAAUUUUAUCUGCGCGUUUACUCACCGGUAGAGUCUAUCAGAGACGAGUAUCCGAUCCCGAAGAAUGCACUUCUUUGUGGUAGGGCCAGUGGUAGACACACCCGACCCCUCUGAAGUCUAAACCAUCAUUUUUGGGCACUCAUCAAUUUAUGUCCAAUAAGAACUAGGAAAAUGAGACCUGCCAUUAGACCUCUAUAUGGAAUUCUUAGAUGACCCCAACUCGAGGUUGCAAUCUUAUACACCAAAAGUGUUGUAAUUUUAUUUUGUUUUGUCCUCAUUAUUUAAAGUAUUUUCCUUUAUAUGGUAAUAAUUUGAUGUUUAUAACAUAUUGCUUGGAAUGAGAGUGUUCCAUCCA